AUGGAGGAGAUCAUCUUGUCUCCGCUUCGGAUUCUGGUGCCGAUCUUUCCAGAGAGGCAAGCAUUCGGGCCCCUUCCGGUGGAGGACAUCGCAGUCUCCCUCUUUGUGGCAACACUAAUCUGCUCCUCUGCAGGCUACUUUCUGACGAGGUCUUCGCCACUGCUCUUGGUGAGGCUGCUCCAGAGAUCGGUCCCAACGCUAGCGCUCCGGGACGAAGUUUGGGAGGAGCCAUUGCCUGGCAAGGAAGCACAGCCUGCACAUGAAGCCGCCGAAGAGGGCUCCACAGAGAAGAGGAAGUCGCCUCGGAAGAGAACUGGGCCGGAGCUUCUCUUCAUUGUGGUCCACAAUAGCGUGGUCGCCACCCUGGCGCUGCUGGCAUGGGUGAUGGGCGCCCCAUCGCUCGCUCUGCAUGCGUUCUGCCUCGAAGUGUCUUACGAAAUAUUCGACAGCUUCAGCCUGGGCUUUCAGAGGAUGGAGCCAGAGACGCUGAUCCAUCACCUCGUGUCCCCGAUCUGCGUCCUCUGUUCAACUCAGACCGAUGUAGACUUCCGUGUUCUCUGCCAACUGUGCAUUUGCAUCGAUGCAUCUGGUGCCAUCCUUGGGAUGUGCAAAUUCUUGCUGCGCUUCUCGCACUUGUCGGCGUCCAACAUCUACAAACGUUUAUCCUUGGUGUACCUGGUCCUCAGAGUCAUCCUGCCAGUUAUUGACACCGUGAUCAUUGUGUGGCGUGAGCUGUCUGUCAAGGGAGGUUUCUUUACCAGAAUGCAGCUGGCAACAGCAAACACCAGUCCGUUUGCAAGAACGGAUUGGAUGCAGCUCUACUUCUGGUCGAUGGCAGUCAUGAACGCCUUCAAUGCGUACUUUUACCUCGUCGUCCGCGCACGUGCCCGGCUACCAGCACAGGUUGUGGCAAACUGGGAAGCGCGCAGUUGA